AAGUCACAACUGUCGCAUGUUCUUAUCAUAUAGAAACUAUCCACUGUUAAAGUUUGUCCAGUUUUGUGCUUCUAUGUAUUUUUGGCAGAGUGAUGUAUACGUUUGACGUAACUACGCCUCGUCGUCAUGGUGAUCACGUGAUUUGUGCCGUGUGCCACAACAUCCAGCCGCUGGAGUCGAGCAGUCGUCUACUGCUUCCAGUAUAACAUCACUAUAGCUAGCAGCAGAUACACAAACACACCAUGGACUUCAACGUGAAGAAACUAGCCUCCGGGGCUGGAGUGUUCUUCACCCGGGCUGUCCAGUUCACAGAGGAGAAGUUGGGCCAGGCGGAGAAGACAGAGUUGGACGCUCACUUUGAGAACCUGAUGAGCCGCGCAGACUGCACCAAACACUGGACUGAGAAAAUAUACAGACAGACUGAGGUCCUGCUGCAGCCCAACCCAAUUGAUCACACUGGUGCCAGAAUUGAAGAGUUUCUCUAUGAAAAGUUGGACAGGAAGGCACCAUCCAGAAUUACCAAUGGAGAGCUGCUGGGUCAAUAUAUGCAGGAUGCAGCAAAGGAAUUUGGUCCUGGAUCUCCAUAUGGGAGCACUUUGAUCGAAGUGGGGGAAUGUGAGAGAAGAUUAGGAGGAGCAGAGAGGGAGUUCCUCCAGACGUCAGCAAUCAGCUUUCUUACCCCCCUCAGGAACUUUCUGGAAGGAGACUGGAGGACGAUUUCAAAAGAACGGCGUCUUCUGGAGAAUCUUCGCUUGGACCUAGAUUCCUGCAAAGCACGUCUGAAGAAGGCAAAGGUGGCUGAGGCUAAGGCUGCGUGUGAUGGUGAAAUGGCUCCAGAUUUUCAAGAGACCAGACCCCGCAACUAUGUGCUUUCUGCCAGUGCCUCUGCGCUCUGGAGUGACGAAGUGGAAAAAGCUGAACAUGAGCUCCGAGUGGCGCAGACAGAGUUUGACCGCCAAGCAGAGGUUACACGGCUGCUUUUGGAGGGCAUCAGUAGUACACAUGUGAACCACUUGCGCUGCCUGCAUGAGUUUGUGGAGGCCCAAGCAGCGUACUAUAAGCAGUGUCAUUUCCACAUGCAAGAACUACAGAAAGAGCUGGGAAGGCUUCCCAAUGCAUUUGCACUGAACUCCACUCACCCCGUAGCUGCUGCCAGCUCUGCGUCAGAAGACGCCAGCAGCCCUGUUGAGACAGACACGCUGAAGAUUGAGGAAGUUCAGGCGCCAGCUACCGGAACCCGCAAGGCCAAAGUCCUUUACGAUUACGAUGCUGCUGACUCCAGUGAGCUCUCCCUUUUAGCUGACGAGCUCAUUACAGUUUACACAGUGCCAGGAAUGGACUCUGACUGGCUGAUUGGAGAGAGAGGAAACCUGAAAGGAAAAGUGCCUGUCACAUACCUGGAGCUUCUCAGCUAAAGAACACACACGCAUUGACCCCCCCCCCCCCCACACACACACACACACACACACACACACACACACACACACGUGCAUGAUGUGCAUGUGUGAGUACUACUGAAGCCAUGAGGAUAUUUCAUUCACCUCAUUAAAUUCCACACUCUUACAAUAACCUG